UUUGAGAUAAAUUGUGGACGUGAUGACAUUUGCAUUGAUGAUCUCAGGAUGGAUUUCAAUUUCUCUGGAUCUACAAAUAUAGAGGUUGGCAUCAUGCAGGAAAUCAACAUGACAGUGUUUGUAGAGAACAGGGGAGAAAACUCAUACAACACAUUCUUCACCCUCAGCUACCCCUUUGGACUUUCCUACAGGAGAAUCAUAUCUAAACAGGGUAGAGUGGAGUGUGUGUCUCUUGACAGUGAGCAAAAAGGUUUAUUUGGAGAGACCACCUGCCACAUCAGCAAACCCAUCCUCAAGGGAAACUCUAAGGCUGUGUUUCAUAUUACAUACAGCAUUAACAAAGAAAGCACCUUUGAUCAAAAAGUCACAUUUACUGCUAGAAUCAACAGUGGGAAUGAUCAACACUCUCAUACCAGUGAAUUUUUCAGAGAGAAAAGCAUUGGUGUAAAAUAUGCCAUCUAUAUUGCCUUAAUAAGACAUGAAGAUUCAACCCUCCACAUUAAUUUUACUGCACAGAAAAAUGAAACUGAUAAACCAGUCAAACAGAUACUAAAGGUUGAAAAUGACUUUAGAGAGCUAAGUUUCAAAGUUUUCAUCAGAGUACCAGUGGUGUUGGGAGAUAAAUCAAUCUGGACUAAUAAAAACAUACAGAUUCCAGGCUGUGUGAAACAGAGGGAUUUGCGGCCUGCCAUAACUAAUUUUGUCGAAGUAAUUAAAAGGGAUCGUAUGGUGAACUGCUCUGUGGCGGCGUGUGCCGAAUUCAGCUGUGACGACACUCUCACAAAGAAUGAAAGGAAAUUUUAUAAUAUAACUGGCAAUGUGAGCUCUGGAUGGAUUGAGCAGACUGGACUCAGAGCUGCUGUUUUUCAGCUGGUCAGUUCAGCAUCUCUGGAUUAUGACAAGAGCAAAUAUGUUUUCUUUUCUUCUGACUCUCAACAAACUGCACCGUCUGUUCAGAUUAAUACUCAAGUGGAGGUGUAUGAGGAGGUGAAUCUGACUAAAGAGAUCGCUGGAGGUGUAAUAGGAGGACUGCUGCUACUGGCUCUCAUCACAGCAGCCCUAUAUAAGGCUGGUUUCUUCAAAAGCCAGUACAAGCAGCUGCUAGAGAAUGCAGAACAAAGCCCUGAAGAGGGGCCAAUCACACAACAGACAAAUAAAGAAAAAUAACCAACCCCUUUAGAUUAGCCACAAUAGUGGUGUUUUAAAGAUUCAAUUGUGGCUUUACAUGCAAGUGAAACUGCCUUCCAGAACCAACUUUAUCAAUAAGUUAUACUGCUUGUAUAUUAAUCAUAAGCUUUCCAUUAACAAACUCUGUAAUGCCAUAAUUAAAUAAAAGGACCUGCUGCAUAGUUAAAAGUACUGAUGAUUUAAAUGGAGGAGAAACAACUACAACCACUGGCACUUCAAGUUCUGUUAUGACUAAAACAGGGAAGUUUGCAUUGUGUAAUUUCAGUGCACUUAGCAAACAAAACAGCAAAAAUAAAGAGUAGUUUAUGACCAAUGAAAACUUUAUAAUCAUCUGCAGGUUAAGUUUGUGCUUGACUGGUUUGAGUGUAAAAAAAAAAACAUAUAUUAAGGGUGCACUUUUCAUACUUUUAACGACUAUUAGAACAUCUAAUUCUGAUAACACCAGGAAAUGUGAGUAGAACUAUUUGAUAUGAGAAGUGAAAGCAGUGCAUGUCAGCGAAUUCACUCAAAACACAGACAACAUGCAUUGGACUAAUGAGGAAA